UAAAUUCUAUUGAUAUGGAUUCAGAAAAACAAUUAUAUAAAGAAGUUGCACAAUUUUUAGUUGAUCGUAUUUCCAAGGCUGAUCAUUUUUUAUGGACCUAUCAUAAAUAUAAACAGUUGAAUAAUUUAUAUCAUAACUGUGGAGGCACUAUUCGAAUUAAUAUUGAUCAAUUAAAUAAUUUAGUUGUA